AGUUGCGACAACGACGACAAUCGACGACCUGCCACGCCGACAAGAUGGGUGCCCUCAAGUACGUGGAAGAGAUCCAGAAGAAGAAGCAGUCCGACGUGAUUCGCUUCCUGCUGCGUGUCCGUUGCUGGGAGCUCCGUCAACUGAACGCUAUCCACCGUGCUUCGCGUCCUUCUCGCCCCGACAAGGCUCGUCGUCUCGGCUACAAGGCCAAGCAGGGAUAUGUCGUCUACCGUAUCCGUGUGAGACGUGGUGGCCGCAAGAGACCCGCUCCCAAGGGUGCCACCUACGGCAAGCCCACCAACAUGGGUAUCAACCAGCUUAAGUACCAGCGUGCUCUCCGUGCCACCGCUGAGGAGCGUGUCGGUCGCCGCUGCGCCAACUUGCGUGUCCUGAACUCCUACUGGAUCAACCAGGAUUCCACCUACAAGUACUUCGAGGUCAUCCUCGUUGACCCCCAGCACAAGGCUAUCCGCCGUGAUGCCCGCAUCAACUGGAUCGCCAAGUCCGUCCACAAGCACCGUGAGGCUCGUGGUCUUACCGCCACCGGCAAGAAGUCCCGUGGUAUCAACAAGGGCCACCGCUACAACAACACCAAGUCUGGUCGCCGCCACACCUGGAAGCGCCAGAACACCCAGAGCUACUGGCGUUACCGUUAAGUGUAGAUGGGUGGCUAAGGGAGAUUGUGUGUCGUGGAAAAAUUGGUCUCUUGUGGAUGUGUUUAUUUCGUUUCUCAAUCGUUUCUAUGGCUAUGUCAAUGAAAUGCUUGGGUGCGAGCAUAAUGCAACAGAUCUUCUGGAUCGGAUGUUAACAAAAUAUUUUUUUUUCUCUGGGUUCAACUUUUUUAUUCCCCCUAACGAAGUGCGACGACUGUUUUCUCGGUUCCAGAGUAAUGCAUUCCAACUGUAGACCAUGUUGUAGACCCAAUCUUGUCCUCGAGUUUUGGCUGGAUGAUGUUACAUCUUUUCUACGGCGUCAAGGCCGGGAAUGGCCUAGGUUGGAGGGAGUGGGUAAGUCAGCCCGAGCGAAACAGGGGGAAGUGCUCUCAGCCUCUCGAGCGGAUGAUGCAGG